CCUUGAAGCCAUUAGGGUCACAAUAAUACGUACAUUUAACCGCAGGUGAUCACGACCGACCACCUUGAAAUUUUAUCCAAACCAGCUGCACGCUCCAUUCUUCUCGCUUUCUUCAACGCAACACUUUCUAUCUCUAAAACUCUCAGUUCUUUCUUCACUUUCUCUCUCCAGAACAAGAUCAGAAACUUGGAUUAAUUUCUUCUCAUCAUGGCUUCCACACUCGCUUUCGCUUGCUCUCUCCCAGCACCUGUCCGAGCAUCAUCCGGAUCCUCCAGGAAACCCGAACCGUAUGGCAAGAAGUCCGGUUCUUCAACCUGGUGGGCCCCGCUCUUUGGCUGGUCCUCCUCUCCGGAUUACAUUAACAGCGGCAGUGCUGGUGGCAGCACAAGCGAUUAUAUACCCUAUAAGGAAUCCGGGGUGUCGGGUUCGGAUCAGGAAACAGGUCGCCCCAGAUCGAGGUUCGCCCUUGGAUCGUUCACUGAAGAGAAAGCGAGGCGGCUUAGAAGGAAGACAGUGGAGGGCAUUACGUUUCACGAUAUGAUGUAUCACUCAGCGAUCGCGUCUCGUUUGGCUUCAGAUGGAUCGGGUCAGCCCGAGAAGUAAUCCGGACCUCCAGGUGGUAGGGCAUAUCUGGCAAGCCCCAGGUUUUUAUUGUGGGGCCCGCAAAUUUGUCGAAAUAUAUACCUGGAAUGUGUGUUUUGUUUUUUUCUUAUGCUAGAUGAGGCAAAGUAUUUUGGUUGUACUUGUGUCGGACCGUUGAAUCGUUUGUGAAUCUGAUGCUUUGGCUCUAAUGGAUGUGUCAACUAGGCAUGAUAAAAUGUUGUUAGAUCCUGGCCGUUGAUAAUAGGGGAAGCAAACUCUUGAUAUGCCACGUUGAAGAA